AUGUGCUGCCGUAGUGGUCACUCUCUGGCGAGGGCUCUUGCCGCCCAAUUGGGGACCGACAGCUUCCCCACUGACGGCGACGCCGGGCACCGAGGCGCCGCGUCGGCCGCUGCAGCUUGUGCGCUCGCCCCGCGUUGGACAGCUGCGCGAUACUCCAAACGCGCAACAAAUUCCCCACGGCAACAAGGCGGGGCAUCGCGGUCCCGAGCCGCUGUUUGUGCGUGUCUGCGUCUGCACCGCUGGGCUCCGGCCCAUCGGCGCCGAGCAGCUUACCCAAAUGCACGGCAGCGAUGUUCGGCACCGCGGCAGGAGGGGAGGAUAUAUGCCUGUGCAACCGUCCGCUUCAUUUCUGCCCCUGGGAGGGCGGCCGCACGCGACAGCUCUACGCCUGUGGCGAGGGCCGUUCUCGCCUUCCCCGCGGCCUAUCGCGGACGAGAAUGGACGCCCCGUCAACUCAACGGGAAUGGGCACUCCCGCGGCGUCCAAAAACCCCUGCAAACCAAAGCUGCUUGCUUGAGAGGGGAAGCAGCUGCGCCUCACGCAAAAGAAAGCAUUUUCCUCGCACGGCGUCUUGCAUACCACGAAACGCCUCGUCUGAGGGAGUCCCGCCGCAUUCCACCGCGGCCACCGCAAACAGGAGCCGGAACUCCCCUCCGCGCCGCCGCUCCGUGGCCGCGUGGCGCGGCAACACGCGCCCCCAGACUUCCAGGCGCAGCGCUCCGCCCCAACAAGUCGCGGCAGGUAGAGGCGGGGGGAUCUUUGUCGGCGUCGUGUCCCGUGGGGGGGGGGGGGGGGUGUUGGUGGCGCGCGGCCGCUCCCGAUGAUGUGGGGCCCGCGGGGCGGUCAGUCGUGGCCUGUGGGAUUGCGGGGGGCGCUGGCGCUGUUCCGUCUUCCGCGUUUACGCCGUGUUUGGUGUCGGUGGAUUAG